GAAAUUUAUAAGUCUGUUUUUCGAGUUGUUUUACUCCUGAAGUUUCUCUGUCAGUGAGCGGCAGCGGGUGCAAAGGACGGUGCCAAGGUGCCCCUCGAUGGUGCCACCCAGUCCGUGCAGCUUGUUUGGUUUUGCUUGGGUGCCUAUGGAGCAGUUUUAGGGGUGCAGGGGCCACCAGUACUCUAAAAGGAAAGCAGACUUCAGUCUAUGCCUCUGACACUGAACGAGACCGCCGCUUGCUGUCAAUUAGUAAGAGCCUGGCAGAAAAAACCCUGCACAAGCUUCUCGCAGCUGAGUUUUUGUGACAGUUGUAUUCAAUUGUAUGUUUCCCGUGUUUGCUACAAUGUAUCGGCGCAGAUUAACUGCACCGUUGUAUUGAAGCAGUAUCUUGUUUUAGAGGAGACCAGAUACCACUGUACCUCAGGAGUGAAAUAUCUGAGGCGGAAAAAUGGCCGACUCCCCUGUCAUUAACGGCGGGCACCAUGAUCCAUGGACACGUCAUAACCAGAUGGUACUGGAGCCUCUGGAAACGAAUGAUCCGGAGGUGUACGAAAUUAUCCGCAAGGAGAAGCAUCGCCAGCGCUACGGACUGGAGCUCAUCGCCUCUGAGAACUUUGCCAGCUGUGCCGUGCUGCAGGCUCUCGGUUCAUGUCUGAACAACAAGUAUUCCGAGGGUUACCCAGGCCAAAGGUACUAUGGCGGCACAGAGCACGUAGAUGAGUUGGAACUGCUGUGUCAGAAGAGAGCUUUGGAGACGUACAGGUUGGACCGCCAGAAAUGGGGGGUGAAUGUGCAGCCGUAUUCAGGUUCCCCUGCAAAUUUUGCUGUUUACACUGCUUUGGUGGAGCCACAUGGGAGAAUUAUGGGGCUGGACCUGCCUGAUGGGGGGCACCUUACCCAUGGCUUCAUGACCGACAAGAAAAAAAUCUCUGCCACAUCCAUCUUUUUUGAAUCCAUGCCUUACAAGGUGAAUCCAGACACUGGUUAUAUAGACUACGACAGACUGGAAGAAAACGCCCGCUUGUUUCAUCCCAAACUGAUCAUUGCCGGUGUCAGCUGCUACUCCCGGAAUCUGGACUAUGCUCGGAUGAGGACAAUUGCUGAUGAAAACAAUGCUGUUCUCAUGGCAGACAUGGCACACAUUAGUGGCCUGGUGGCAGCGGGUGUCGUGCCUUCUCCUUUUGAACACUGUGACAUCGUGACCACCACAACCCACAAGACCCUGCGCGGCUGCCGUGCUGGCAUGAUCUUUUACCGGAAGGGAGUCUGCAGCGUGGAUCCAAAGACGGGGAAGGAUAUCCUGUACAAAUACGAGAGUCUGAUUAAUCAAGCAGUAUUUCCUGGCUUACAAGGUGGACCCCAUAACCACGCUAUUGCAGGUAUUGCUGUGGCCCUGAAACAAGCAAUGAGCCCAGAGUUUAAGUUGUACCAGACACAGGUCGUCGCCAAUUGCCGGGCAUUGGCAAGUGAGCUGGAAGAACUUGGUUAUCACAUCGUCACUGGGGGUUCUGAUAAUCAUCUCAUCCUGGUCGACCUGAGGAACAAGAAGACAGAUGGAGGAAGAGCAGAGAAGGUCCUCGAAGCCUGCGCCAUUGCUUGCAACAAGAACACUUGCCCAGGUGACAAGAGCGCCCUUCGUCCCAGCGGCCUUCGACUGGGAUCCCCCGCCUUGACUUCUCGAGGAUUCAAAGAAGACGACUUUAAAAAAGUUGCGCACUUCAUUCACCAAGGCAUCUUGCUCACUCUAGAGAUCCAGAACGACAUGAACCCCAAGGCGACCCUGAAGGAGUUUAGGGACAAACUGGCAUCAGACGGCAAGCACAGAGAGAAGAUUUCUUCCCUGAAGGAGGAGGUGGAGCAGUUCUCAAGCGCUUUUCCUAUACCCGGCCUGCCUGACCUGUAAAUGAUUAUAAUGGAGGAAGAUGGGCUGGAUUUAUACGUGAGCUCUGAUCUGCUUAGGAAAUGGAUACGUACACUGGAUAAGUCUCAGGAAAUGUGGCUAUUAAUAGGAAAUGUGAUUUCACUGUGUCCUGGGCACAUAGUCACAUGGACAGUGUCUCAAGAUUUAGAAAUGAGCCAACAAUGCAUUUGCAGGAUAAUCAUUCCCCCCCCCCCCCCCCCAAUGCUAUUAUUUUAUAUUAAAUUUUUUUCUGUUUUGCUUCAGUGUCCCUAAAAUAUUAAAUGAAGCAACUGUGCACCCAAUGAACGAUCUGUACCAUUAUAAAGAAAGCGUCUGACACAAAUGGUGGUUGUGGCCAUGGCACUUGUCAGCUGCACUGAGGAUUCCCUAAUCUAAGAUGAUGACAUCGCAGCUUAUAGACGAGGCCUAUCCUUUGAAAUCACUGUACUGCACUACUGCCUCUGCAGCGCUUAUUUUCAAUCUGUUUAGAUUGUGCUGCUGCCGUCCUGAAGUGUAGAUUUGUAAUGGUCACAACAUGGAUGCAUAUUCCAUGAGAUUAAACAUCAGUAAACUGUC